AAGGCGCUCGCAGCCAAUCAGGAUGGAGCCUGCCGGGACGCAUUACAAGGGCGACUGGCCCGAAGACUCCCGCUUCGGGAUGAAUUAGCGGCGGGUUCUGCACGGAGGUUGUGACCCCCAGGGAUUCUCCAGUUCGCCCACGCGCUCCCCACGGCGUCGCGCGUGGUCCUCUGCUGGUCACAGGGUUCAUUUCAAAUCCUACAUGUGGCAGAGACUACUAGCUGUGUACCAAAAUUUGUUCUUCUCCUACCUGAGCCUGGACCUACCUCUUGUUUUUCAUGUGACUACAUUCUAGCCACUGAAUAAUCAUGGUGUCAUGGAGAGGGAUAUACUUUAUACUCACUCUGUUUUGGGGAAGCUUUUUUGGAAGCAUUUUCAUGCUGGGUCCCUUUUUACCUUUGAUGUUUAUAAACCCAUCUUGGUAUCGCUGGAUCAACAACCGCCUUGUGGCAACCUGGCUCACGCUACCUGUGGCAUUGCUGGAGACCAUGUUUGGUGUAAAAGUGAUUAUAACAGGUGAUGCAUUUGUUCCUGGAGAAAGAAGUGUCAUUAUCAUGAAUCAUCGGACAAGAAUGGACUGGAUGUUCCUGUGGAAUUGUCUGAUGAGAUAUAGCUACCUCAGAUUAGAGAAAAUUUGCCUCAAAGCCACUCUCAAACGUGUUCCAGGAUUUGGUUGGGCCAUGCAGGCUGCUGCCUAUAUCUUCAUUCAUAGGAAAUGGAAGGAUGAUAAGAGCCAUUUUGAAGACAUGAUUGAUUAUUUUUGUGAUAUCCAUGAACCACUUCAACUCCUCAUAUUCCCAGAAGGGACUGAUCUCACAGAAAAUAGCACGGCUCGAAGUAAUGAAUUUGCUGAAAAGAAUGGACUUCAGAAAUAUGAAUAUGUCUUACAUCCAAGAACUACAGGCUUUACUUUUGUAGUAGACCGUCUAAGAGAAGGUAAGAACCUGGAUGCUGUCCACGACAUCACGGUGGCAUACCCUCACAACAUUCCCCAGACAGAGAGGCACCUCCUCCUCGGGGACUUUCCUAAGGAGAUCCACUUCCACGUCCACCGAUACCCAGCGGACACCCUCCCCACAUCCAAGGAGGACCUCCAGCUCUGGUGCCGCAAGCGAUGGGAAGAGAAAGAGGAGAGGCUGCGCUCCUUCUAUCAAGGGGAGAAGAAUUUUUACUUUACCGGGGAGACUGUCAUUCCACCUUGCAAGUCUGAGCUCAGGGUCCUUGUGGUCAAAUUUCUCUCCAUACUGUACUGGACCCUGUUCAGCCCUGCAAUGUGCCUGCUCAUCUAUCUAUACAGCCUUGUUCGGUGGUAUUUUAUAAUCAUCAUUGUCAUCUUCGUGCUGCAGGAGAGAAUAUUUGGUGGACUGGAGAUCAUCGAACUUGCAUGUUACCGUUUUUUACACAAACGGCCACAUUUAAAUACAAAGAAAAAGGAGUAAGAUUGUAAGGUUCACAGUGU